GGCAGACAAGACGCUGUAAAAGUGUAGCCUUACACUUGUCCACUUUGACAAAAAAAGUUACAGACAAACGUAGGGAUUUAUUUGCAUCAUGGCUUCAGAAACAUAACAGAAUAGCAACUUGCUGUCUUUAUUUAAAAUUUUUACAGGACUACAUACAGACCGUAACAUUGUGAUUUAUUCUGUUGAGUAAGAAAAAAAAGUAACAGGAAAAGGUAAAAUGAGAAUUAAUGGGAGUCAUCUGAACAGUAGCAUAUUACCGAUCCCUCAGGAGCUAACUUUGGAUCGACCUCCCUGGGUAGCCACCUCUUUGGGCAGCUUUUUGAUCUUUACAAUUGUGGUAGAUAUUCUGGGCAAUCUUUUGGUCAUUUUUUCAGUUUACAAGAACAAGAAAUUAAGGAAUGCAGGAAACCUAUUUGUUGUUAGUCUGGCUGUAGCAGACCUUGUGGUGGCAAUCUAUCCUUAUCCUUUAGUCCUUACGUCAAUUUUUCACAAUGGGUGGAAUCUCGGAUAUAUGAACUGCCAAAUCAGUGGAUUUCUAAUGGGACUCAGCGUAAUUGGAUCUAUCUUUAACAUAACAGGCAUUGCAAUAAACCGUUACUGCUACAUCUGUCACAGUCUAAAAUAUGAUAAGUUAUAUAGUGACAAAAACUCGCUCUGCUGUGUUAUUAUGAUUUGGAUUCUGACCUUCAUAGCCAUUGUGCCCAACUUGUUUGUGGGAUCGCUGCAGUAUGACCCCAGAGUGUACUCUUGCACAUUUGUGCAGUCAGUCAACUCAGCCUAUACUAUUGCUGUGGUUUUCUUCCACUUCUUACUUCCCAUAAUGAUUGUCACCUACUGCUAUUUGAGAAUAUGGAUUUUGGUUAUCCAAGUGCGAAGACGGGUGAAGCCUGAUGCCAGACCCAAGCUGACUCCCCAUGACGUUAGGAAUUUUGUCACCAUGUUUGUGGUGUUUGUCCUUUUUGCAGUUUGCUGGGCGCCGCUAAAUUUCAUAGGCCUUGCAGUUGCACUAAAUCCAGAGACUGUGAUACCCAGAAUUCCAGAGUGGCUUUUUGUUGCCAGUUAUUUCAUGGCUUAUUUCAACAGCUGCCUUAAUGCUAUUGUCUAUGGACUGUUGAACCAGAAUUUCAGAAGAGAGUACAAAAGAAUAAUUGUCUCAGUGUGCACAGCAAGGAUUUUCUUUCCUGCCAGUUUCAGUGAUGCAGCUGAAAGAAUUAAAAGCAAGCCAUCUCCUUUAAUGACCAACAACAAUCAAGUGAAGGUGGAUUCAGUCUGACCAAUAGUGAAUCGUGAAGAAAAUGCCAAAAAUGCAUAAAAGCUUUCAGUACAAGAAACGUCUAACAACUGUUUUCAAUCAUGUUUUUCCAUCUGUAAAGUUGAAAAGACAAUGCUUUUUUUACAUUAGUAUUAUUGUGCAAGUACAGUACAUUAUCAUGACCAUGUUUGUCAGUAUUUUUGCAGUGAUAUCAUUAUUGUAAAAUAUGUAUAAAACACAGUUGUUUUUUUUUGUAAUACAAAACUUUCAGACCUAAACCAUUGUACCCUGUUUUAACAGAGUGUUCAGGGUCUGAAUACAUGAAUGUUACGUCACAGCUGUACCCUGAAUUGUAUAGAAGUGUACCUCAAAUCUGAAAAUCCAGUACUAGCUCUUGUAUUGUAGUAAAUGUCCCAAAUGCAAGUGAGAUACAGUAGAAGUGAUGACAACCACCAUCAUGGACAGUAUAAAGGUUCUGUCAUAUAGUUUAAUAUAGCUGGAUCUCAAUCAGUUUUCCACAUGUUUAAUUACUGUCAACAAUGAUGAUAAUUAAAAACAAACAAAAAUAAACUAUGUAGGACUAUUGGGAAUACUUAGGAAUGCUAACUUUAUGAAUACUUGAUUCCAUUAAAAUGUCUACACUCUCUGGUAAUGCUUAUAACAAAUGACAGCCCAUCACAUGCUCCAUAUAUCCACACUUGCUGAUUUGCAUACCUGUAUUAUUUUAAAUAGGGGAGAAGACAUAAAGUAUUCUAUUUUAGGUAUCAGCAUACAUCAUAAUAUUUCAUAAUACCAUAUAUCUCACUUAUUAAAUAAGUCUGAUAGAUGUUAAAUAUUCACAACUAUACCAGUGAUUGAGUUUCAUAUUGAUUUUAUAUUCAAAUCUAAAGCCAGCUGUAGGGGGCUUCUAAAAUCUAAAUAUAACAGUUUGUCUUUGCACUGUCUUUCGGUGUUUGCAUGGAAAAUAGUGUGGGAACAAGACAUAUGCUUGGAUCUUACUUAGGAUAAAUGGGAAGCCAUUCUGUCUCAAACUCAAUAUACCCGUGCCUGUGUGUGACAUAGGCAAACUCAAUACAAAGUUUGGCACUGCACCCACAUAUCAGUCAGAUUGACCAAUAUUUACCUAACUUUAAUCACACCUUGAUGCAAACAGGACCUAUACCCCCACAUUCAUCUUUCUUACCUGUUUUUGGGGGAAUUCUCUAGUUUGCUAUUUUAGAGGCUGAUGUAAGGAUAGGCACAGUGCAAACAAUUACGACUGCAAAAUCCAAAUUGCCUAGCGGUCAGACAAUUU